AUCCAAACAAGACCGUUAUUUUAAGAUUUUAACUUUUAAGUUGCUAGCUAGUGAGCUGGAUUAGUAAGAGAUGGAGCACUUCUUUGCUUAUCAUUCUCAACCAGCUGAUUUCUCAUGGCCCCAAGAGGAGGUUCUGGCCCAGCCAAGUGCUUUUGUUUCUUAUACACAGCAAUCAGUGAAUGAAGCUCCAGCGGUUGGGAGUGGUGGUGUUAAUGUGAAGAAAAGAAUGAGGGAGUUCUUGAUGAGGAGUAUGAGUACUAGUGAUCGGGAAAUGUGUGAUUAUUCGGAGAAGGAACGGUGUCGACGACACAUGCUGAGUGAGAGGAUGAGGAGGGAGAAGCAGAAGAACAAUUACAUGCGCUUGCAUGCUUUGUUGCCCUCUGGAACCAAGAGGGAUAAACAUUCCAUAAUAUUAACAGCGGCUCAAGAGGUUCAAGAGUUGAAGAAAUGUAGAGAAGAGCUGAGGAGACAGCAGAAAGAGAUGCUGGGAGCAAUAGAGGGAAGUAGAGGUGAGGAGGAAUCAGAAAUGGAGCAAGCUAAAAUAAGAAUAGAUGUUGCACGUCCUUCAUCUGGAGUAGAUUCAAUGCUGGAGGUUUUGAAGUGUUUGAAGCAUACCAACUCAAAUGUCAGACUCAUACAAUCCAAGUUCUUGCCUCAACAAUUUUCUGCCGUUCUAGGAAUCGAAACUAAGGUUGGAGCCGCGGAAGUAGAACAGGAAGUACACAGAACAUUAUUCCAAGUAGAGAAGAAGUUUCGCCACAGCCGCGUAGAACCUUCUCACACGCAUGGGAGCUUCUUGUUUCAUUCUUGAAUUUAGUCUUAAACUGUCUAUGCCUGUAAUUAACGAAGCUUCUAAUCUAGCCACACCUGCUCAAUCAUGUGUACUUCAAGAGCACGUGUGUAACAAUAGUGUUUAUUAUCCGAGUAGUGUGUAUUUGACAUGCAUAGUUUGGAAGUACUAGUCAAAUCUAGUUGCCAAACGUGUGAAAAUGCAGUCUUUUUGAAUAUCGCUUAGUAGAACCGCAUGGAUGAAUAAAUUAUGGAAAUCUCAAAUCCGGCCUUUUGUUUA